CUCCUUCUCCUUCUCUCUCUCUCUCUCUCUCUCUCUCUCUCUCCAUGAUUCAAAAACUACGCGCGGAUCCUCCACGAGGUCGCGUCGGUCCCGAUGACAACCGCUUCGAUUUGCUUCCCGACGCCCUCCUCCUCCUCAUCUUCUCCAAGGUCGCCGACCUUAACACCCUCGUCCUCUGCUCCUCCGUCUGCAAGCGCUUCCGCCUCCUCGUCCCCCAGAUCGACACCGUCUCCCUCCGUCUCGACUACUUCGACCGCGACGGCUCUGCUAGAGGGAGCUCCGUUCGCUCUCUGAGGAGGAUCUUCAAAAGCUUCGGCGCCAAGCUGAUCGGACCGAGGUCGUCGGCUUCGGUUUGCUGCUCCAGCAGCCGCGUCGCUCCGUACGACCAGCUCUCUCACCUCAGGCACCGGUUUCGCGAGCUCGUAGCUCUUCGAGUGGAGCUCCGGAAUUCCACGAGGUCACGCCGCGACGAUGCGGUUCGCAACUCCCUGACCUGGUGGAAAGCCGUUUUCGGAUCGCGGCUCGAGACCUGCGUCGUGCUCUCCGCGGCGUCGAUUUGCCGGACCUCAGCCGGCGCAUCCUGUGGCGUCGGCCGCGUCAGGGAGACAAUGAGCGAGUCCGACCUGAAGUCGAUUCUGGAGAUGACCAAGUGCUCGCUCGUGAACGCGUCGUUCAGGCUUGUCUACUUCGUCCCUCGCGACCACGGGAGGCUCCGGAGCGUCGUGGUCUCGGACGACGCCGGGAGGGGCAAGCUGUGCAUGGGAGAGGAGGAGCUCGCGAGCUUCAACGGGAGCCCAUCCUCGAAGAGGAAUUCCGCGGAGGAAUUGAGGUCGCAGAGGCUGAGGAGCCUGAGAGGCCCUCUCCGAAUGAACGUGUGGUACGUGCCGGUCCUGGAUCUGCCCGCGAGCGGCCGCUGCAUGAGGAGAGUGAAGAUCGCGGCGGCUCGAAGAGAGGACAAUCGGGAGAUCGCGAUGGAGAGGGACGCCGAGCUGUUGAUUGGCGGCUUUCGGCGAAGGCGGCGAGCGAGGGAAGGCCUGCGACGAAGCUGUGGUGGAGAUGAUGAGAAGCAGCAGGAAGAAGAGGUACGAGCUGAAGAUUCCGUACUGCUUGGAUUAGGAGAGUGGGGGACAACUUGCUGGAUCAUUCCACCCCUCCAUUUAGAUAUAUUUGUGUUUAUGCUUACCAGUCAUUAUACUGGAUAGGCUCUUUGUACAGUG